AUGAAUCAAUUUAGAACAUCUUUAUUAGCAAUGACUUUAUGGGCAUCUAUUUGUCUUUUAAUUGUAAUCAGAUUGAAUGGCAAUAAUGAAAUUGCUGUUAUGUAUAUUUUCUUCAUUGGUUUGGUACCUGUUUGUUUAUUGGGAGCUGGAAUCAUAGAAUAUAGAAAAAGAUAUCUAUUAAAAACAGUGGAACAAUAUAAAUUUGAUAAAGAUAAUUGGAAACCUUUUGUUUGUUCUAACGACUAUGAAAUUGUAUCGCGAUAUUUAAUUGGUGAUCCAAAUGCCACCGACGAUGAAUCGGUUCUUGCUCGUGAGAAAGGUAUCGAGGUGAUGUACGAUCUCUAUAAUGCUGGUUUGAAAAAGUCACCGAAUUCUUCGACCAUCUUGAAAUCGUAUUGUUACUUCCUACUAAUCCAUAAGAAUGACCAAGCUCAAUCACAUGUAGUUCUCGAUCGUCUCAAAGCCACCAAACCUUUCUGGGACAUUCAUUUUUUCGUCUACCACCAAGAACGUGCUCGUGAGCGUGCUAAUGAAGCCAACGGUGUUGGAGCAGGACAGAACUUUAAGGAUUUUAUGGUGUACGUAGAGUUCAAACGACUCUGUUCACUCUCGAGGAAAUAUCAUAUUUCAUCAUUGCGAGCGAUUAACAAAUUCUGGACGAUAGCAGCCUCCAAGAAUGCCAGACAGUUUGCAGUGUUAUCAAGACAAGGUGCUCAAAUUUCAAGAUAUGAACAUAAAGCAAACGAUUAUUACAAACGUUUGUUGGAAAUGCAUCCAAAUUCCAGUCGUAUUAUUCGUGACUAUGCUAUAUUCGUGGAGGAUGUCAUGAAUGAUAAAGAUGCUGCUUGCGAAUUGUUGGAUAGAGCAGGAAAAAUCGAAGAGGAACAAUCGUUAUUGAGCCAUCCACCUAUUCCAUCGUUGAAACUAGAUAGUAGUACUUUGGAGACAUUGGAAAAGAAAGAAUCAGUUCAUUCUCUACACAGCAAUAAUAACACUAAUAACAAUAGCAGUGGUAAUUUGAAUAGUGUAAGCGGUGCAAACUUAAUGAUAGUAGAGGAAGAGUCUACUCUUGAGAAUCUACCUGAUCAUCCAGUUGUUUCUCAAACCAGUUUCCACAGAACAUCUUCUUCCAACAGCAAUUCUUCUACCACGUCAAGUAGUAAUAGUAAUAACAACAACAACAACAACCAACAACUUAACCGUAGUAGAAAUAACAACAAUGCUAUUGAGAUGACAGUUUUAGCUAGCAAUGAAAGUUCACCUUCAAUGAGAUCAAUGAAUUUGUCUAGUCAAGUUCCAAGUGAUGCUCCUGCCCCCAAACAAGUGGAAACAAAGAUAGAAAUCGAAUUAAAGAAACAGAAUCAACCAAUUCAAAGAUUGAAGUACGUUCUCAUUGCAGCAACUCUAAUAUUUAUCAUCAGUACAAUGUCUAUAUUUGCUCAUCUUUACAUUCGAUUGGAAGAUACCAAGUAUGAAGUAAUGCGUCUGCGUAUCACCGGUAGUUAUGUCGUAACAGCAAGCAACAUUGCAUUCUACCUUAGAUCUUCACAGAUAGCAGCACAAGCCUAUCAGAAAAAUCCAAAUGUAACCAGUCUCUAUAAUACAGCGCUGAAUCAAUCGAUGACUCUCGAUCGAAGAUCGAUUCAGCUUUUGAACCUUCACAAUGCUAUCUACCUAGGAGAAAAGACAAUUGCCAACUACGACAGAGAUCACUACAAACUGGUAACUGGUCAUCCAGUGACUUGGGGUCUGGAUACAGGUGCUCGAAUCUUCAAUCUAUCGGAGUUCAACAGAACCAAAUACGAGAUAAAGUCUGGCACAAUGUAUGAUAUCUAUAACGAUAAGAACAUUCAAACAUACACAGAGGAUUCAUCCGGUAACUUUUUAGACUCACUGGUAUAUUCUAUCAAUGGUAUAAUACCUGAGCGUGUAGCAAUCGGUAUGAAUCAAUCGAUGAAUCGACCAAACUCUACUUAUUGGCAAGCAUCGGUAUCGAAUAACAACCAGGUGUUUAGAUGGGUCACUGACAACACCAAGAAUCUUGCAACGUCGCUGAUGAAUCUUUUUGGUCAGUGGUUGACAAACACUCAGAUGCUGAUGGAAGUACUCAUGUUGGUAAAUAUCGGUGUAACACUGGCAGUCAUUGUUUUGAUUGUUGUGUUCAAUGUUAUCUUUAUCAUACCGGUGGUAAACAAAAUCACAAGGAAAAAGAUAGAUAUUCUCGGUACAUUCCAACAUGUACCUAAACAUAUCUCCGAGAAGAUGGCAGCUGUCAGUCUAAAGAAGUUGUAUAUCAUUGAGAACGAAAUGAAACAACAGAAUCAACAAGAUCAAGGUACAUUCGAAACACCGACAAUGAUUGACUCUUCGGAUGGCAAUGGUGUUACAGCUGCAACAACCGAUCUAAACAUCAAUACACCAAGAAAGACAAUUCAUUUCGCACCAAUCACUGCCAACUCUAUUGCUUUGGACCAAGUACAACAUCAUCAACAACAACCACAGCGUAGAAACAGUGUUGCUAUCUUCUUCUCGAGAUUCAGUGCUGGUCACCGAUCGAGUGUCAAUAGCAAUAGUAGUGUUAAUAGUAACGCAGAGAAAGAGAAAGAGGAUAAGGAGAAAGGAGAGAAACUUCUCAGAGAAAUGAGUAAGAAGCUGAUGAAACGAAUGCAUUUUCGAUAUUUGGCAGCAGAGAUCAUUGUAUUUUUAAUGAUUGUUGCAUUCUUGAUCUCUACAUCCAGUCAGAUUAGAGAGAUUCGUUUGAAAGCCAGAGAAGUCUAUCUAGCUGAAGGUCAAGCCACCUACAUUAGAAUGAUUCUGUAUUACGCACAAGAGAUUAUCUACAACGAGAAACAGCGAUCCUACAUGCAAGAAUCCAUUAAGGAAUCGGUUGUCAACAUGAGGAAUGACCACAACGAGCUGAAACAGUGGCGAAGUAACACAAAGAUGACCGGACCAGAUUAUUAUUUCAAUACACGUGACUGUCUUCGUAAAUUAGAUCCUUGUUUGAAAUCUAACGACACCUACCAAGAUAUCAUUUCUAAUGGACUCGAUGCUAUUAUUGAAUUCUAUUUGCAAUCGGCUAUGAAUCUAUCGAUGGAGACGAACGCGUCAAAGUUGACAGGAAGUAACUACUACUGGGGAUAUAUAAAGAUGGAGUCGAAAGAGGAUCUCUACGAUGGAAGUGAUAACUAUGCAUACACUGUUGGAUUUGAACUUCUCGAUAGAGUUACAGAGUGUUUCCUAACUUCUAUCAUUGUUUCCAGUAUUUUCUCAGUUGGCUAUAUUAUACUUUACUUUAUAUUCUUCCAUAGAUUCAUUAGAGAAUUACAAUUUGAAUCAAAGAAUACAAUUGCGAUGUUAAAUAUGAUACCAAAACAUGAUGAAGAAAUUCCAUUGGUUUAA